AUGUCAUACUGCCUUCAGAGAAUUCGACUAGGAGAGCUAUGCCGUGACAUCACGGAUAGUAUUCCCUUCGCCGAUCUUGGGCGUGGGAUCUACAAAUGUCAGGAAAUUAGGGAUAUCGAUGCGCGGAUAUGUGAAAUCGCGAAUGGGAUGCCCAGUUUCUUCUCCCUUGAUUACGACGCAAGCGAGCUUCCAGAACCAGAUCCGCGAAAUUCACCUGGGAUUAUCAUUCAACGUUAUGUCAUUAACUCUUUAAUUCACUCUCAACGAUGCAGACUGCAUCUUCCGUAUCUGUCUCGGGCAGCCACGGAACCUGAUUUCGCUUUCUCACGAGAGGCUUGUUUACAGGCGGCGCGCACGACUAUUCAAACGGAGCGAAGUUUAUCAAAAGAGCGGAUCCCUUUUGCGCUUGCAAGAUUGAAGUUUACUGGUGGUUUGCACUGUGUUUGUGUCGCAAUUAUUGUGCUGCUGAUGGAUGUUUGCCUUAACAAAAGUCUUCAGCCGGAGGAGGAUCGAGAACGACGCGAGGAGGUUUUCUAUGCAUUCAAGAUUCUGGAAGAGGCCAAGAGCCAAUCGCCAUUUGCAGAGAAUAUCCUGGAAUCCUUCCACGCUGUUCUCCGGAGAAACAAGGUCACUCUGCCUGACGCCAAUGGCAAGACGAAUGGAAUUGAGAAUGAUGCCCAACAGUCACCCUCUGAAUCGAGCACCGAAUCUACAUUACCAACCGUUCCUACUGGCCCCGGCGAUGUGGAGCAUAACCCAUUGGAUCCGGCUCUUCCGACAUUCGAUGACAUCUGGCAGACAUUCGAUAAUAAUGUAGACCCAACUUCGCUUUUCGACUGGAAUUCCUUGUUUGCUGAUCUGGACUCACCAUUCCUUUCAGUGUGA